UCCAAGCCCAAUCAAAUCUUCCGCCCCAUGCCCUCUCCCAUCGCCACCCACGCCUCGCUCCUCCUCAAAGCCGCCGCCGCCGCCGCCUCGCCCAAACCACUCUUCUCCCCGCGCGCGGCCCAGAUCCCCGCGCCGCUCGCCGGCCGCGCCUGCCCGCGCUGGUUCCGGUGGCCCGCGUCCGCGAGGGGGCUCUGCUCCUCCACGCCGCCAAACCACUCUGGCCCCGCCCACGGGAUGGGAUCUGACGCCAACGGGACCAGGAGGCGGGUGCCGCCCGUCAACGGGCUGUCAAAAGAAGGGGCCACGCAGCCGGUGCCGGCCCCGCCCAAGCUGCUCACGCUGCCCACCGUGCUCACCAUUGGACGCGUCGCAGCAGUGCCCUUCCUCAUAAGCACUUUCUACAUGGAUGGGCCUUGGGCAGCAACCGCCACAACUGGCAUCUUCCUUGCAGCUGCAAUCACCGAUUGGUUAGAUGGUUAUAUUGCCAGAAAGAUGCAUUUGGGAACACCUUUUGGUGCAUUUCUUGAUCCUGUUGCUGACAAGCUCAUGGUAGCCGCGACACUAGUGUUGCUGUGCACCAAACCUUUGGAAGCUUCUUUGCUCAGCGCUGGACCAUGGCUUCUGACAGUUCCUUCCAUUGCCAUCAUUGGGAGAGAGAUCACAAUGUCAGCUGUGAGAGAGUGGGCUGCUUCUCAGAAUACCCAAGUUCUUGAGGCUGUGGCAGUUAACAAUUUAGGGAAGUGGAAGACAGCGACGCAGAUGAUUGCAUUGACUCUCCUCCUUGCCAGCAGAGAUCCAAGUCUACCUGUACAAGGUGCUCUAGUUGCUCCUGGUGUUGCGUUGCUUUAUGCAUCUGCUGGACUUGCCAUAUGGUCCCUAGUGGUGUACAUCAGAAAUAUAUGGCGGAUACUUCUAAAAUAGUGUUAGCACAUAGUGUAAUAGAAGAAACAGGAGCAAAGGCAACAAUAUUCCAUUCAAGAUCAUGCAAUUUUUGUGGAAGAUUGUUGAGUUGAUCAAUGGGGCCUAGAUCUUGUUGAGAUCCUCGGUGACUGGUGUCAUUUGCGCUUGGCGGAAUAGCCGCCAUGGGAAUUUGUUGAGCAUGCGAGGAUCUCUUUAGAAACAAAAUAUAUAGCUCGUAGCAUGAUGCCAAGGUGACUACCUGUUUCAGCGUCACCGCAGCUUAAGAGUUGGACACCGUGUGUAAUGAGCUGCAAGACUUGGGAGACAUGCAGACGAUUGUAACCGUAUACAAAGCGCCCAGACCAGGUGGCCUGUGCGUGUGGAGUUCGUGCCAUUGUAAUUUUACCCAUAUCAUAUGCCAGGGAGCACAAAAUUAUUCUUUCCAUGUA